CCAUCCAUUCAGGGAUAAACACACUCUCUCCUUCUGCUGCAUUAUUCAGCGUUGGGCACUGCAGGGACAUACGACCGAGGACGCUCGGUAGGGACCAGCCCACGGAGAGGUAAGUUCCCGUCACAGCGGGUCAGCGACCUCAGGUCACGCCCCAUGCCACUACAGCUGGGAGAGAGGUGAGAGCGGAUCCGCAGAACAGAGGCUGAGCCCCCGGAAUGCAGGCAGACAUGAGAGGACCUAUCCUGGUUGUACUGUGCGCCCUGAUAGCGACGGCGGUGUGCCGGACUGAGGACACGUGCUCCGCUCACUCGUUAGAUGUAAACGUUAUUGCAGAUAGAUGGAAAAAUAGUGUGGACCUUCUGAAGGGAUGUCCUGGUGUCCAAGGGCCGCCGGGGCUACCGGGAGGUGGUGGUUUCCCCGGGGUAAAAGGUGAUGUUGGGGACCUUGGAACUCCUGGCUGUGAUGGCGAAACUGGCGAUCCCGGAGACGACGGAACUCCCGGAGAAACAGGAUUUCCUGGGAUACCAGGCCCGCCUGGGAUCAGGGGUCCGCCUGGAGCAGAAGGAGAGAGAGGAGAUCCCUUAGAUGCUCCAAGGAACUGCAAAGAGCUGCAAGACUUGGGAAUGACUCUUACGGGAUGGUAUACCAUAUUUCCGGAUGGCAAUCCUCUGAGGGUUAUGUGUGACAUGGAAAGUGAUGGCGGAGGAUGGAUCGUCUUCCAGAGACGCUCGGAUGGUUCAGUGAAUUUUAACCGCAACUGGGAGUCCUACAAGAGAGGAUUUGGGAAUCAGUGGAGUGAGUUCUGGAUGGGGAACGACCACAUUCACUCACUAACAUCAAAAGGUAAUUUUGAGCUCCGAGUUGAUUUGGAAGACUUUGAUAAUAAUCGUGUCUAUGCCAUAUACCAAGGCUUCCGGCUUGGCGGAGAGUCUGAGAAGUAUACUCUAUAUUUGGGGAAUUACACCACGGGUGAUGCAGGGGACUCGCUGUCCAUGCACAGAAACCACCGAUUCACCACCUCUGACAGCGACAAUGAUCAAAGCAAGGCCUUUAACUGCGCUCUGAUAUAUUCUGCCCCCUGGUGGCACCGGUCUUGCUUUGAUUCCUCCUUAAAUGGGGAAUAUCUACGGGGAGAACACGAGAAAAAGAGGGGUAUCAUCUGGACCACUUUUAAGGAUGAUCAGUAUUCCCUCAAGUUCUCGGAGAUGAAGUUCCGCCAAAAGGUGGAGGAAGAAUAAGAUGAACCAGAACAAUUCGCUGAAACCUGCAAUUUGGAUGGAAAAGAGGAGCAACAUUCCUGGGGG